CACAACACAGAGCUAGUGAAACAUUUUGUCUGAAUGAAGGUUUUAGUAAGGGUUCGAUUUAGAAGGACAACAGGUGAUGUUAACUCAUCAUAAACUUUAAUUUGUGCUUUUCCAUACAACUAAGUGCAUUUCUACGAUCAUAGUUGACGGAUACUCCAUUUCAGCACAUCUCCCAUUGAGCGAGAAAAUCAGACAUUUCAUUCUCAAUAGACGGACAGACGAAAUCCAAAAAUGACCAGCACAAGACUAUAUGGAUUUAGCCCUUAUUCAACCCCUGAGUUUGUUAUGCCAGUGGACCUCGCCAUGCAUACGCAGACAAACCCACCGGUGUCUCAUCUCCUCGGCAUACAAGCUCUCCGGCCCUCUCCACUCAACAUUCCCUCGCAGGAUUUUCAGUUCUCCAGAUAUUCCACCCCAUCAUUCAACAUGCCCUCACAAGAGCUUCAGCUCUCCAGACCUUCCACCCCAUCACCUACACCAUCGCUCUCUUCAUACAGUUCUGGCGGUUCAAUCUCCCCAUCCUCUCCAGGCAGAGGAACCAUGCGCCAGAAAAAGCGAGUGGUGUUCGCCGACGCCAAAGGGCUCUCGCUCACAUCCGUGCGCAUCUUCACAGCUGACCAGUCAGAGACGGAGUCUGAAGAUGCAUCGCAGCCUGAGGACAAGAUGAAGGUUGCAGAUAGGCCAUCCACACAGAACGCGAGGAUACGAGUAAAACUUGGCUUUCCACAACCUUGUCCAGACCGUGCAAGUUUAAAAGAAAAUCUGGUCCAGUUGGAGAGCUGCAACGUGACCGAGAAGACCCUGAGCGGUUUGGUGCGCGUCUGCAAUGUGAAGUUUGAUAAGACUGUUUUAAUUCGCAUAACUUUUGACUCAUGGCGAAGCCACCAAGACAUUCCAUGCACGUACGUGAGGGAACCAAAAGCGUCUUUGGAGACGGACUUGUUUGCUUUUAAUAUUGCCAUACCAUCUGAUCUGGACCCAGCCAAGAGAGUGGAGUUCUUAGUGGUCUUCCAACCCGGCAAGUCCGGCUUGCAGCUGGUGGACAAUAACAAAGGCAAAAACUACCACAUCUCGUUGGAAACCCCGACAUCGGAACUGCAACGCUUUUUUGUGCAGAGUAGACGAAGCUUCGUCAUACCGAGUCCCCAACGCCUUUCGGUAUGGCCUGCGGUCAGAGAACAUGUACUGCACAGGUCAAAAUACAUGCCGUGCAAAGGCCCUCUCUACAACGAGCGUCCGUUACACAAGACCUGGGGAAGUAUGACAAAUUUAACUGGACAGUGUUGAUGUGGGACCAGAUGUACCCCUAAGCAUUGCACUAUACUGACAUUACAAAUGUAACUAAAUAAAAAAGGCGAGCAGGUGAAGAAUGUGUAUCAAUAAGACUUCAACAUACUUCAUCUUGUUCAAUGCCCUUUUGUUCGUAAUGCUGCUAUUUUAAAUAAGAUGUAUUGUGUACAUUACAUUUUAUUUUGUUGUCUUAAUUUGCACAUUAAUGUAUACGGCUGUUAUGGGAAACUUUGGAAGUCUUUCCCCGUUUUUGUCUGUACACUCGGUUCAUUUUUCUAAAUAGGGAAAUUUAUGAAAAAAUGACAAUCCUUUGUGUAUAUAUGUCUAUAUUAUUAUUAUUAUGUAUUUAUUUUAAACUCUACAGUAAUAAAAGAAGAGAUUGUUUGUAA